CUCGGGGCUAGCUGGCGCCCGGAGGCAUGCAGGCGGGGGCUGUAGCUGCAGACGGCGGGAGGGACCUUCUGGCUAACGCCGCGGCUCAGGGGGACGUGCAGGGGGUGCGGCUGCUGCUGGAAGCCGGGAUGAACCCCGACACUGUUAAUUCCUUCGGCAGGACCCCCCUUCAGGUCAUGAUGAUGGGAAACACCCAGGUGGCGGAGCUGCUGCUGCAGAGAGGAGCGGAUCCCAACCGCCCGGACCCGCGCACCGGCUCCCUCCCAGUGCACGAUGCGGCGCGAGAAGGUUUCCUGGACACCCUUGUGGCGUUGCACCGAGGCGGGGCUCGGUUGGAUCUGCGGGACAAAUCGGGCCGCCUCCCCAUUGACCUAGCUGUAGAAAGCGGGCAUCAGCAAGUGGUCAGCUACCUCCGAGCCCAGCCUGCAAGGAAUGCCGCUCCGCCCCAGGCAUAG